UUUAUAAAGCCGGGAAUCCUCAUUGAGGUUCCGACAGAAGUUAAGCUGAGGUUGAGAGCGGCCGGUACCAAAACUCCUGAUGUCAUUUAAGUCCCGCGGUGAUUAACAAACACCCGAACACACCCGGAACCAGAACCAGCCACCCUCCAGCCUUGGCUUCCUCCGAGCACCACCGAACCCAGCCGCAGCUCCUGCCCCGCCAGAGCGCCUCUCCGCCGGGCUCAUCCGCGGACUCCGACCCGCCGCAGGACCGGAGCUCCACCGCUUCUUCUUCCUCCUCCUCUUCCUCCAGAGAGAUGGCGGCCACCAAAGCGGAGCUGCUGCUGUCCGCACUCCAGAUCUCAGAGCCGCUUUUCGGACACCCGGCGCCGCCGUCACCGCUGGACGGAUACCCGAAGCUGGAGGAGCUGCAGAUGCUGCUGCACAACGCCGCGUCUGCAGCCGAGGCGGCCGGGCUGCUGGGCGCCGAGCCCAGCGAGUUCACAGAUUCGCUGUGUGACCUCCCUGACCUUCAGAGCCUGCCUCCCUUGACCCCCCGCCUCGCCUACAGCGGCCGCUUCUCCUUCGAGCCGUCCACCUCCUGCGCCACUGCCGCUAGCAGUCAGUGGGCGGAGCCUCUGCUCAGCUUACUGUCCGGGUUGGUGAGCAUGGCGGCGCCGUCCUCUUCCUGCAGUCUCGCCACUUCUUCCUCAUCGGUGACAUCAUCAGUGACAUCACCAUCAGCCUCUCAGAGCUGCGGCUCUGCUGACGUCACCUCCAUCUUUUCUGUGACGCCGGCGUACGGGUCAGAGCUGCUUCCUCCGGGCGACGCUCCCCCUGCCACGCAGGCCUUCCCGCCUCAAGCCCCGCCCUACGCCCAGCCGGCCCCCAUCCCCAUGCUGCCGGACUACCUGCUGCCACAGCCGGAUGCUGAGGUGGACCAGAAGCCAGUGCUGCCGCCACUCACGCCGCUGCCCACCAUUAAAGCCUUCUCCUCGCAGUUCCAGCCACAGGGCGCCGCCUGCAGGAGCAGGAAGCUGCCAGCAGGGCGGCAGUGCAAGACGCCCCCCCACGAGCGCCCCUAUGCCUGCCCCGCUGACGGCUGCGACCGCCGCUUCUCACGCUCCGACGAACUGACGCGCCACGUGCGCGUCCACACGGGCCAGAAGCCGUUUCAGUGUCGCAUCUGCAUGCGCAACUUCAGCCGCAGCGACCACCUGACCACGCACAUCCGCACGCACACCGGGGAGAAACCCUUCUCCUGCGCCGAGUGCGGCCGCAAGUUUGCCCGCAGCGACGAGCGCAAGAGACACGCCAAGAUCCACCAGAGGCAGCGGGACCGCCGGGCGGACUGUGGCGCCGCCGCCACACCGUGCACCUCUGUCGCCACGCCGUCACCCCCCUCGCUGCCCCAGGUCUACGCCUCCUCCCUCUCUCCCCACCUGUACUCGUCGUCCUGCUCCUCCCCCAUGGGAAGCCCCCUGUCAGAGCUGCCGUCCCCCCACAGCUCCAACAUCUGCUGACGUACUCCGUCGUGACCUCUGACCUCAGACUGUUACCUUGCCGGUCAGAGCCCUGAGCCUGGACUCUUUUGUGCAUACAUGUGGAUACUGUACAUACGUGAACGUGCAGGAGCGUGCACGUGGUGUUUCGCCUACUGAGUAGGUUAUGGGAUGUUUGUGUGUUUACACGCUGGAAAAUAAAACCCGUUUAAAUCCUGA